AUGCCUUUUAAAACUGGUGAUUUAGAGAUUGACAAUCAAUUCGCUGGCUCUUUAGCCAAAAAUUUAGAACGAUUUCAGAUACUUACGAGAUGUUUUCUCAAAUUUGCACAAAACGAAAAGAUUCCAGCUAUAAACGAAUAUUCUUCAACGGUGAUUGAUGGACCAAUUUUUAAUGCAAAUGGUCAAUUUAUUGCUUAUUUUCUUAUUGGACCAAGCCGUUUCAAUUUUUCUACGUCAUAUUUGGAAAGGAAGCUAUUUUUCAAAGUAUUAAUGCAAAUUAGAGAAAAUAUGCUUGAAAAUGAAAUUAUUCCCAGAUGGAACGUGAAUGUUGUAGAAGCUGCAAUAAUUUUAUUAACGAUUGGUUACAGUUUUGAUUACUCUAUACAUGUUGCAGUUGCAUUCAAAAUGAUGCAUGGAUGA